CCUCGCGUGCGUCCGUCCCUCCCGUAGCCGAGCUGUCAAAUCGACGAGCGUUGUUUGUAUACGAGAUCGAUCUCGGGGGUUCAGCGUCGAUCGCAACCCGAGGAUCUCGAUCGUGGGCAGCCAGAUUAGCCAGGAUGAGUCGUACGAUGGAUGAGAAGGAGGAAUUGGUGAAGAAGGCCUUAUUUAGUUUCGUUAGGAAGCAGGUGCCCACUGCUCAACUGAGCUUAAUAGAUGACAUCGUACUCAGCUAUGUAGUGAGUAUGGUAGAAGAGAGCGCACUGGAGGAGAACCUGGACGUAGAUGGACUGUGCGAAAUGGUGUCAGCCUGCCUUCCAGAGUUCUCCACCAUUGAGAAAGAGGCUGUGUCAAAGUGGCUGUUGGACGUAGAAAGUAAAUUAAGGCAAGGCAGCAAGGAGAACGAGAACUGCCAACCUCACGAUCCCCUAAGUCACAUUAGCUUGGCCGCUCUCUUGCCAGCCGGUGCACAAAGAAUGCGAGUUCAUCAUUUGUCGGAAACCAGCGACGCCGGCAGCGACUCCAGUGGAGAAUACUUUUCGGAGGAAUCCUCCUGGCAUCAGGUAGCUCUGUUGCAAGAGAUGUUUCCAGGCGCUAGUCCCGCCGAGGCUAGGCACUGUUUAGCGGUAGCUGGCGGUGAUAUAGGGAAAGCCGCGCAACUCGCGCUGCAUCGUCAAGAAGCGGGUCAGAGUAUCGUGAGCAAUCUUACGUUUUUAACGCCCAACGGUCGCAACAAGGCGAGGGUAAACGACGAAGAGCUCAAAUCCCGCAUCAUAGCGCGGUACAGUUACGUCGACAGGGACGACGACUGUCGCGAACAUCGUCCGGUCGCGCCGAAAACGGAGCCCAAGAAGUUAGUACGCUAUCUCGACAAUAAGAUCGUAAGUGUUAAGGGUGAACGUUACACGGAAGUGCGACGGGGCGGCGAGGACGAGGAUGGUAACGAAGGAGGUAGAAAGAGAGGUCAUUGCCGUCCGUAACCAGUCCCUUUGCCUCCACCCCCCGAUCCACCCCCCUGGAGGCACCUGAUUUUCGAUUAAAUCUUUGAAACUAGAUCUUUUCCAUCUCACUUAUAUAAGGUACACACAUAGGUGAAAUAUCGAAUUCUUCAACAGGCAUUAUAUUCUCUUCUUAAUUUGUUGACGUUUAAUUUGUAUUGUAUGCAAUGCAGCCUGCGCAUCACCCCGGAAUCUCUUUCACAUAGCGUUAAUUUGCCAUUCUCUUAUCUACAACAUGGCACUUUAGUGAUAGUUUUGUACGUUAUCUGUUGGCGUGUGUGUGCGGUCAAACGUUUAGCGGACAUUUGAUAUUUCAUUUCCGGAUAUAGAUUAUCCGAUCGAGCGUACAAUGGCCGUCAAGUAGAUGUCUGUCUGUAUCCCGUAGAUAAAACAGACGGAAUUACGCAAUCGAAAUAGCUAACGUUGCGUUGAUACGAAAUUGAUUGGUGUUGAUCAAGGACACACACUUAUCAAAAGACUUGAGAGAAGCAACUCUUUUUUUUUUUUU